ACAUUGGGUCCACCUCCAAGGCACAGGCUGUAGAUCAUUCUGACCGCUGCUCUUCUCCCAGGAAUCACUUUUUAGGGUUUUCUAAAAGUUUUUUGGGGGCACCUUUACUUUCAAAUUCAAACAAAACAAAAUGGCACCAAAGAAGGACGUAAAGAAACCCGCAGCAGCUGCAGCACCCGCACCAGCACCAGCACCUGCGCCAGCACCUGCACCUGCACCCGCGCCCGCGCCAGCUAAACCCAAACAACCAGCAAUUGAUCUCAAGAGCAUCAAGAUCGAGUUCUCCAAGGAGCAACAGGAUGACUUCAAGGAGGCCUUCCUCCUCUUUGACAGGACCGGUGAUGCCAAGAUCACCCUGAGCCAGGUUGGCGAUAUCAUCCGCGCGCUGGGGCAGAACCCUACAAACGCCGAGAUCAACAAGAUCCUGGGCAACCCCAGCAAAGAGGAGUUGAAUGCCAAGAAAAUUACUUUUGAAGAGUUCCUGCCCAUGCUGCAAGCAGCUGCUAACAACAAAGAGCAGGGUACCUAUGAAGACUUUGUUGAAGGUCUGCGUGUUUUUGACAAAGAGGGCAAUGGCACAGUCAUGGGGGCUGAACUCCGUCACGUACUGGCUACUCUGGGUGAGAAGAUGACAGAAGAGGAAGUAGAAGAACUGAUGAAAGGUCAGGAAGACUCCAAUGGCUGUAUCAACUAUGAGGCAUUUGUAAAGCACAUUCUGUCCGUCUAGGUGGACUUCCCCAGAUAUCAAGUG